AUGGCAGGAGCACUGGUGAGAAUAAAUUUUCUUCAAAGACAAUCAAUAAGUGCCAGUUUGCCUGCGGUAGCACAGCGACGAUUACAAGGCACUGCUGCCCCGCCUCCAGGAACACCACCUCCUCAAACGAAAACUAAAUUUGGACCUCUAGCCGAUCAAGACCGCAUUUUUACAAAUUUGUAUGGUCGACAUGACUGGCGUUUAAAAGGUGCAUUAAAGCGUGGCGAUUGGCACAGAACUAAAGAAAUUAUAUUAAAGGGUUCUGACUGGAUCAUCAAUGAACUUAAAACUUCUGGCCUUCGUGGUCGCGGUGGUGCAGGUUUUCCUUCUGGUAUGAAAUGGUCCUUCAUGAACAAACCAUCUGAUGGACGUCCAAAAUACUUAGUAGUAAAUGCUGAUGAAGGUGAACCAGGAACAUGUAAGGAUCGUGAAAUUAUGAGACAUGACCCUCAUAAGUUAGUAGAAGGUUGCUUAGUGGCUGGUAAAGCAAUGGGUGCAAGAGCUGCUUAUAUAUAUAUUCGCGGUGAAUUUUAUAACGAGGCUUCUAAUAUGCAACUAGCUAUCGCCGAAGCUUAUCAGGCGGGUUUAAUUGGAAAAAAUGCAUGUGGGUCAGGAUAUGAUUUCGAUGUGUUUAUGCAUCGUGGCGCUGGUGCAUACAUUUGUGGAGAGGAAACCGCUUUAAUUGAAUCACUUGAAGGGAAACAAGGAAAACCUCGAUUAAAGCCUCCAUUCCCGGCAGAUGUUGGUGUUUUUGGAUGUCCUACUACGGUAAACAACGUGGAAACAAUAGCUGUUGCUCCCACUAUCAUGAGGCGUGGUGGUGCCUGGUUUGCAAGUUUUGGACGAACACGUAAUUCAGGAACAAAAUUGUUUAACAUUUCCGGUCAUGUAAAUAAACCGUGCACAAUAGAAGAAGAAAUGUCGAUCCCUCUUAAAGAAUUAAUUGAACGUCAUGCCGGUGGCAUUCGCGGUGGAUGGGAUAAUUUACUUGGGGUCAUUCCUGGUGGCUCAUCUACUCCAGUCAUCCCAAAAAAAGUUUGCGACGAUGUGUUAAUGGAUUUUGAUGGUUUAAUUGCUGCUCAAACUUCACUUGGAACAGCUGCUCUUAUUGUUAUGGAUAAGUCCACUGACAUAAUCAAAGCUAUUGAACGCUUGACCGCAUUUUACCGCCACGAAAGUUGUGGUCAGUGUACACCGUGUCGUGAAGGUAUUAUGUGGAUGCAUAAGAUCAUGAAGCGCUUUGUUGCUGGUAAUGGGCAGCCUGAUGAAAUAGAUAUGUUGUGGGAGAUAUCCAAACAAAUUGAAGGGCAUACAAUUUGUGCUCUAGCCGAUGGUGCAGCUUGGCCUGUUCAAGGCUUAAUUCGGCAUUUCCGGCCCGAAAUCGAAGAGCGGAUGAAGAAAUAUGCCGUUAGAGCCACUAAUUAAUCAACUCUUUAAACCAGAAUAGAAAAUUAAUAAAUGAUUAUAAAUGUUGUAUAUUAAAGCCAGUUCUAUGUAUUAUUGAUUAAAAAUAAAUACAAUAAUAUUUAAUAAUGCUAAAUAAA